GUCAAGUUAUCAAUUUGGCUACAAGAAACCAAAAAAUUGAAAGUCAUUAACUUUUCACAAUUUAUGAAUAUUGAAUUUAAAGGCGUCCCAUAAUUAUGAAUGCGUUUGCACACUUGGACCUCUUUGACGGCAUACCUGCAAAAUGUCCUGUGAAAGGCUGUCAUUCUCAGUUGACGCCUCAGGAGCUGCUGGCACAUUUGCUAAUGCGCCAUCGGCCCGAGGACUCGAUGUUGGAGAUUGGCUCCGAGUGGCACACGGUGUACGACCUGGACUUAGCCAAGCUGACGCCUGGCUGCAAUCACGUCGUGGGUGUCAUUGCGUAUGCCGGCUCCAACAAUGCCAACCGCAGCCGUCCCAUUGGACCGGAGCUGCAGCUCGUCCAUCAUCUGCCCAUAAUACUUAUGCUCUACGUCAGUCCACCGGCUCCCAAUCUGGAGCAGAUGUACGUGCUCUAUCUGAUAAGUCCUGUGGCCUCUCGUAAGGUGAGCGCCCAUGUAAGCUUGCUGCAUGGCGUGGAGGGACGUGAGGUGCGGGGCUUGCGUUGUCUGCGUAAUUUCUUGGACGCGCCGUUGCUGGACAGCGAGGAGCUGCUCCACAGCAACAUGGACUACUUGAUCUACACGGCAACGGACGUGUGGGAGCACUGCACCACCGGCGAUCGCUGCAAGCUUCAGUUCAAGGUGGUGCUGCACGGUGAGCCGAAUCUGUUCGAAGUGGAGGAUGAUCCGCAAGAGGAGGCUCUGUGGCAGGCCACUCAGUGACUCAUCGCAGUUGGAUGCCAAACAGCUGGCCCACAGCCCCCAAAAAAAAAAACAAAAACUAUCGAAUCCAUUGACGCACUCGUGUGGCCUGAGUGCCUGUCAAUAAUUCGUUGAUGUUGUUGUUGUUGUUAUUGAAUGGAACGUUGCUCAGCUGUCAGAAAACGGUUUCAACUUAUUCAUUCAAUAAUUUCUUGGCCCGCCGAAAAGUGGGUCACACAGCCAGACACCAGAUAGAUACCAAACACUUCCAACUGCAACACGCCUCUGGACAACUGGCUCAACAAUCAAUCAACAAAGGCCACCUAAUUGAAUGGCCAUUGAUAUUGACUGUGGUCGGAGUAAAUCUUGUAAUUAGGUGAAAAUAAUUUUUCUCUCUUUCCCAACAGUUUUUCCCCAACAAAUUUUGCUACUUAUUAUUGUACUUGAUUCAUUUUUAAAUUUAUAAUGAGGUUGAAUGAAUUCUUGCCAACUUGGUAACUGCAACUGGCACAUAAAAAUAAAUAUGUU